ACUAUCAACCAAUUUCCUGCUUGCCUAGACUUGAUUCCGCCAUUUCAGGGUCCGUUGUAACUUGUAUCUUGGGGUUCGAAUUUUCAGACUGAUUUAUACUGUUCAUAGUUCGUACUAUUAUAAGUUCAUUAUCUUGUGUGUUCGUAGUUUUGUUUUUGAAGUUUUCGACCCGCCUACUUCAAGUCUUCAACCAACAUUAAACAUUUGAAAAUAAAUUUAAUAUUAUUUAAAUACGAUACAAAUUGUUUUGAAUUAAACCUCUAGUUGAAAAUUGAUUACUUUAUGAUUCAUUGAUUAAAUUUAUGAACAUUAAAAACCUAUAAUAUUCAACACAUCGGCAGAUUUUAAAGAAGAACAAAUUCAUUUACCACAUAAGUUAUUCACAAACUAGUAUCAAGUUUGUUUUGAGAAAUGGAGAUCCCUGAAAAAAACCUAGAAAUUGCCACUAUAGAGUACGUUAAACCAAGAACUAAAAUGUUUUCUUUUACAUCAGAAGUAUUAGGUGUUACUUUAUACAAUCAAAUAUUGUGUUUUGAUAAUUGUUUUUUUGUUGUUAUUAAUCAAGACAAUAUGUUUUCAUGCUUAUCUGUUGCUAUGACACAAAGAAAUAGUAUGGAUACAAUAUCCAGUGCUAUUUUCAGCACAGAUCCUGAUAGUAGAUCGGAAUCAAUAGCUAAUACAUUAACAAAAAGUUUGAAAACAUCAACUCCAAUAUAUGUGAGUUUUAAUGCAAAUAUUGAAACUAUUGGGUUGAAAGAUGUUAUUUCAAGCUUAAUUAAUUUUUUUAAAUCUCAUUCAGAAAUACGAAUUUGUUAAAUAAAUAUUGAAUUAAAAUAUAAAUAAUAAAUAUUA